AUGGCGAUUCAGAAGAAGCAUGGAAAAGGGCGUCUCGACAAGUGGUACAAGCUUGCGAAGGAGCGUGGGUACCGGGCCCGCGCCGCUUUCAAGCUGAUCCAGAUCAAUAAGAAGUAUGGCUUCCUUGAGAAGAGCAGAGUCCUACUGGAUCUUUGCGCGGCACCCGGAUCAUGGUUACAGGUGGCUUCAGAGCAAAUGCCGGCGGGAUCACUUUUGCUUGGGACUGAUUUAGAUGCCAUUAAGCCAAUUCCCCGAGCCAUAACUUGGCAAAGUGACAUCACAGGCAUUGACUGCCGAAACACGAUCAAGAAGCACCUGAAAACAUUGAAAGUUGAUACAGUGUUACAUGAUGGAGCGCCAAAUGUCGGAACUGCCUGGAUUCAGGACUCGUUCAAUCAAGCUGAGCUCGCUUUACAGAGUUUACGGCUCGCCGUGGAAUUUUUAGUCGAAGGUGGCACGUUUUGCUCAAAAGUGUUCCGUUCCAAACAAUAUUUCCCCUUAUUGUGGGUUUGCAAACAACUCUUCACUAAGGUUGAAGCAACAAAGCCGGUCUCUAGUCGUGCAGUUUCGGCAGAAAUUUUUAUUGUGUGUCAAGGGUUCAAAGCUCCCAAAAAGCUCGACUCACGACUCCUGGACCCGGCCUAUGUUUUUGCUGAAGUCCAGGGCCCAAAUCCUAACAACGAGGCUAAAGUUUAUAACCCCGAAGUCAAGAAACGAAAGCGAGAUGGUUAUGAGGAAGGAGACUACACACAGUUCAAGGAGAUGGCGGCCUCAGAAUUCAUUCAAACAACAGAUCCAAUUGCUGUUCUUGGUUCAUACAACAAAUUGACUUUCCAACAACCACCCAAUGGAGACGUUGCACUGGCGGCUCUCGACAAACUUCCGGAGACGACAGAUGAAAUCCGAAACUGCUGCUCUGAUUUACGAGUGCUGGGACGAAAAGACUUCAAACUUCUGCUCAGAUGGCGGUUAAAAAUCAGAGACAUCUUCCAACUCAAAACCCCUCAGGCCGCAACGGUUGAGGAACUCGAGGAGGUAGCUGAAGUUGAGUCCAUGGACGAGGAACUCAAGAUACAGGAAGAACUACAAAGCAUGAAGGACCGAGAAAACACCAAACGAAAACGAGAGAAGCGAAAAGAAAACGAGCGAAAACAACGUGAGGUGGUGCGUAUGCAACUCAACAUGGGUACGCCUUUCGACAUCGGUCUAGAAGAAAGCGGACCAAUUGGCGAGGGGGCAAUGUUUUCACUCAAGAAAGUUGACAAGACAGACGCCAUGCGAAGAUUGAAUCGCGGCAAGAUGAUUGUUCCCACUCCAACGACCCAGAAGGAGGCCGACAGUGGCCUUGGCUCAUCAGGAGAGACGGAUGAUGAGAGUGACCCUGAAGAAGAUCGCCUGGAGCGAGAGCUUGAGUCCAUGUACGACCAGUAUAAGGAGCGCAAGGCUGAGGUUGACGCGAAGUACCGAGCGAAGAAGGCUCGUAAGAAUUUUGGUGAUGAUGAGUGGGAUGGUCUGUCUGGUGAGGAAGCAGAUGAGAAAGAUGACUCUUCGGAGCUUGAAGAGGACGAUUCCUCUUCCGACGAAGAAGACGAAGCUCCUACAGAGGGACUCAUCCGCGAUCUGGAUUCUUCAAAGGGGGCGAACGGCUUAUCCAAACGAGCAACAGCUUUCUUCAACCAAGACAUCUUCUCAGGCAUAAGCGGGAUGUUACCUGAGCAGGAAGAUGCAGCUGAGGAUAGUGCGGACGAAGAAGUCAAUCGAGAUGCGGCAGCUAUUAUGGCCCAGCAAGCAAAGAAUCGCAAAGCCGAGUCUCCUGCUACGCCUACUAAGACCAAAGCGGUCCAAGUCGACUCUGAUGCUGAGAUGGAGGACAAUGAGGAUGGGUUUGAGAUUGUGAAGCGAAAUGACGAUGACGAUUGGGACAAGGACACCCGACGAGCCGAUGGAAGACCCGAUAUCGACAUUAUCACUGCCGAAGCAAUGUCCCUUGCUCACAGGCUUGCUACUGGUCAAACGACAACACAUGAUGCUAUUGAUGACGGCUACAACAAGUACGCCUUCCGCGAUCGUGAUGGAUUACCAGAUUGGUUUGUCGAAGAUGAAUCACGACACGACAAGCUUCAGAAACCCAUCAGCAAGGCUGCUGCGCAAGCAAUCAAAGAGAAGCUGCGAGCUUUUAAUGCUCGCCCCAUCAAGAAGGUGCGCGAGGCUAAGGCUCGCAAGAAGUUCAAGGCCGCUCAGAAGCUGGAGAAGCUCAAGAAGAAGUCGGAGUUACUCAACAAUGACGAAAAUAUGACUGAGAAGGAGAAGGCUGCCAGCAUAUCGCGCCUUAUCUCGAGAGCAGCAAAGAAGCCCCAAAAGCAACAGCCCAAGCUCGUUGUCGCCCGUGGUCUCAACCGGGGCAUCAAAGGCCGUCCUAAGGGGAUUAAGGGGAGAUAUCGCAUCGUUGACGCCAGACAAAAGAAGGAACUGCGGGCGCAGAAGAGAAUUGCCAAGAAGAAGAAGUAA